AAUUGAAGGGUAAACACGCUGUCUGGCUCAGGUGAGGCUGAACAGCCAGUCCAGCGGGUCGACUGAGAAUCCCUCGCUAAGGAGUGCACUCGCCCCCCAAGGACCCAAGGACUGGCGGACCCACGCUUAUUAACGGCGGAUCCAACCAGGCAAUAUCGUCAUCAUCAUCAUCUGGACUCAAGCAGCAUUCGGGUUCUCAUUUUUCGAGUGCCACUGGUUUUCGCGGGUGCGGCGGAGCCGACUAUUGGAUCAGUGGUUCAAGCCGUGAUUGAUCAGCCAAUUGGGAAUUGGGUGUUCACGCCUUGAUCGCGGUUCCAGCUUUGUCGGAGCGUGUCUGAUUCGGGUUUCCGUCCGUUCAGGACCCACCAUCCUCACCAUCUAUCCCACGUCUCACUCAUUCUCGAGGUGGGUGGGUGGGUGGGUGGGUUUCAUCCAUCAUUGGUCAGUCGAUUCACGAGUUCAUGCACGGGAUGUCCUCGACCGCACUUAGCCCCGGUGCUUCGGCCGCGGCUACCAGUGGAUCUACCGUGUCCUCGGCCGCUUUGGAAGCCAAAAUCGCCUCGAUUCGCGCCAAAAAUGCGGCUUUAGAGAAACGUCAUCAAGAAGUGGAACAAGAUCGAUUGAGCGCCGAGAAACGCCAAUCCGCCGUCCAGCCUCAAAAUCAACCCCCGGCCCAUUAUUACCCGCAUCAUAACAACGACCACGCCCACUCGAAUCAUCAUCAACCAACCUCGCGCCAUUCAGCCCAUCACCAUCGUUCAUCGGGGUCAGGCGCCAGUCGCGGUCAACCUCGGCGGGAAAUGGCCCCCAAGACCGCCUGGCGCUCCAUCGAGCCGGAAGAGCCCGAUGCUCCGUUGCGCACACCCACCGGGGCCCUUUCCCGACUGAGUCAAAAGGAGGGCGGACCCCCACCGGAUCCAGCUUAUCGAUUUUUAGCCGAUCGGAUGCGAGAUGGUUCGGAUAGUGACGAAGCCGAUGCUGAAAGCGGUUGGCGAAACCGAACCAGCGGCCGCGGCUCCACGCGUGGAUCAGGCCGAGGUGGGCGGGCCCCAAAUCGAGGCGCCGGUCGCGGUUCGAAUGGCCCUAGCCGGGGCUCGAGUCGGGGUGCUCAGCCUCAUGACAGCUCGGUCCGACACGCUGAGCGCGUUCAUCCCGACGAUCGUGAGUCAUGGCGGGCUCACCCACCACAGUUUGGCCCCGAUCAUCAGUUCGACCGAGGUCAUCCACGUAAUCGCGGUGGGGGUGCGGCUCAAGCUCGCUUGGAUCGGGCCCGACAAUCUCAGCAGAAUGGCUCCGGUGACGGAAAUGACUUGAGGCCGAUGAAUCAAACCCGAGGCUCCUUGGGGGACCCGGUGGCUUCCUCGCCUUGGCGUUGCCCCGAUCCCAGCUGCAGCCAUGCCAACCUAUCAGGGGCGGAAACUUGCGCUCAAUGCCAAUUGAAAUGGUCCAUAGCCGAGGACCAUAUCGCCCGGGCUGCGAGACAGAACGGACAACGCCGGGUAAAGGAGGACAAUCGAAAUAUCAAAGUGGAAAUGAAGUUCAACCCAUCGCCCACCCAUGAAGAACGAAGAGGGUCCAAUCCAUCUUCUCAAGCCCCACGCGGAGGUCAGAUGCGAGAAUCGACGGGUAGAGAAUGGAAGAACAAGGCCGCUCCCUCGGCCCAGACCCCGGCCCAAUGGCACGAAGCCGAACCGUACCAGCCCAAGACGUCCUUGGUUCAAGUGACUUCCUCAUUAGGAGCUCAAACCAACAGCUCAAACACGUGGAAUUGGCGCGACCCAAAUGCUCAAAACAUGGGGGAUUGGUCGGAUUCGUCUGGGACUACUGCCAUGAUGCCCUCAGAUCCACCUCAAGCUUUGGACUGGAAUCAGCAUCCGGAGAUGUCCGCCUUUAUGGAAUUGUCCGAUAUGUCUGCCGAUCCUGAAUCUCAAUUCAUGGCGAUGCCAGCUUACCCGGGAGGCGGUGGUUUACACGAUGCGUCUGGCCUCGGUGGCAAUCCUCAUUUGAUGAUGCAAUAUCACCACGCUCAGGCUGUCAUGGCCGGUCAUCAUCAGGCAAACAACCCGUACAUACCCUUGCCUCAGCACCACCAGUUGCCCCAUCAUCAACAGCACGGGGCUCUACUUGGGCACACUCCAAUCAUGGCCACUCAUCAGUUCGGAAUUCCUGGGAACGCCCAAGCCUCCAUUCGAGGCCAGUAUUACCCACCCACAUUAGGUGGAUUUGCAGACAGCGGAAACGAGCCCGGUCAUUAUCAAGGCCGUCGACACUUCACAGCCUCUAGCCGGUUCGAUGGCCCUCGCCGGGGGAAUAACGGCGAAAUCAGUUACAUUCCCCAACGAUUUCAAAAACAAAUUCCUACUGAAGGCUCGAAACAGACGUGGAACAUCCAUAAGGCCAUUGCGAAAUUGCCUCGAUCAUCUUUGGAUACUCCACCAAGUGGAUGCAAUCAGUUAUUGAUGUUCGUUUCCAAAUCGGUGGCCGAAUGCCUCAAUGCCGAAGAAAUGAGCCGAGACCUCAAAGUGAAGAUCAAGAUGGUCCCGGUUGAAGGAUUUGACGAUCUAUUAGGGAAAAUGGAGGAGUUCGAUCCUGUCCAACACCGAUACAUUCUGUUUCACGUACUCAACGAAGAUGCUCGGACCAUCUCACAAUGUGGGAAGAGUGAUGUCGACAAAGGUCAGGAUUCCGACAAUAUGGCCGACAACUUCUGCGAUCUAGUUGAGAACCUGGUUCGGAGAAUCACCUACGUAACAGCCAUUGUCUCCAUGCUGAAUCCUCGAUGUGAUUUUGAAGAGCUCAACUCAAUGUCGUGUCCGAAUAGUGUCCGUAAAGUGAUCAACGUCCAGCUCUCGAUGCGACUCCAUGACAAGAAAAAUAUAGUGAGUGUGAAUAACGAUCUCGUCCUUGAGUGGUUCAAGGACGAUGUGAAAAAGAACCGUCUCGUCAAGAGCAAUGGGCACGAGCUCACCGCCUUUGGAAUCUCAGUCAUGCUCGAGCAAUGGCUCACCGUACUCAAAGAGUUUGUGUGUGAGGUCCAGGAAGUCAAACUUGUGGAUCCGGUGCCCGUUGUCUUACCCUCGGAACUCGUUGAGGCUCCUCAAAAGAGUUGUGCAGAACAGCCAGAAGAUGUCACUCUAUCGCUUCGAGAACCAGAGCCUUUACCAUGUUCGUCUUCCACCGAAUGUGUGUCUAAAGAGAUGAGUGAUUCCAAUUCUGUUCCAAUUUUUGAGCGAGUGGACCAACCAGCUGCCAUCGAUACCUCUACCAACCAGGCGACCGAAGCUAAAUCUAAUGUACACCAAGCCAAAAACACGGAUUCGUUGGCGAAGGAUGAAGAAUUUCAAGAGAUGGAAAAUGGCGGGUUCAUUGAGGACUCUUAUUGCGAUACAUUAAAGGCCAAUAAUGACGAAGAACGCAAUUUGCCUAGUUUAGGCAGUAUCACUAGCCACCAUGACGAUGAUGAUGACGAAGAGGGUGAUGGUGGACCAACAUCAGGAAUCUUUAUCGAAGACUCCUAUGUGGAGGCCACUUCUACUCAUGGCCAAGAAGAGAUCCUUGAAAAGGCAAAUCAGGAGAAGAUGGAGAAAGAUUUCUCCACGGAAGUGCAGACUACUUAAUAAGAUCAUAAGCUCAGGUACACAAUUUCAGCCUCCCUUACUCCAAUGUAGAUAGUGUGGAUCCUUCAUAAAUCUUUUCGGACCAUACUCAUUGUUGCUAUUAUUAUUAUUAUUAUUAUCAUUAUUACAAUCACUGCAACAUUAUUAUUAUUAUUAUUAUUGUGACUGUCACGAUGUAUUAGCAUGCUAUACACCCGUAUGAUUACGUCUCCUAUUCUCGUGUUUGCCCCCUACUUACGUAUCUGAAGUACUGAUUUGGAAUUCAUUCUGAAACUGAAUUUUUUUGCCGAGCUAUGUUGCCCAUUUUUAUAUUCCCUCGAUUAGAGCUCAAACAUUUCAGUUUUUGGUCAUCCUAGAAUAAUAUAUGAUAACGUAUAUUUAAAAUGUA